AUGUCCAGCCUUGCGGGUCUAGUAUAUAUUUUGGAGAGAAAUAAGACUAUCACUUUCUUUUCUAGACCCAAUGUGUGUGGAUCACGUUACAAUGCCUACUGUUGUCCUGGAUGGAAAACUCUGCCUGGUGGAAAUCAAUGCAUAGUCCCAAUUUGUCGACAUUCCUGUGGGGAUGGAUUUUGUUCAAGACCAAACAUGUGCACAUGUCCAAAUGGUCAGAUAGCCCCCUCCUGUGGUUCAAAGUCAAUACAACACUGUAACAUCCGGUGUAUGAAUGGAGGUACCUGCAGUGAUGACCAUUGUCUCUGUCAGAAGGGAUACACAGGAACACACUGUGGACAGCCUGUCUGUGAAAGUGGGUGUCUUAAUGGUGGGAGAUGCGUGGCUCCAAAUCGAUGUGCUUGUACAUAUGGCUUUACUGGACCUCAGUGCGAAAGAGAUUAUAGGACUGGGCCAUGCUUCACUUUGAUAACCAAUCAGAUGUGCCAGGGACAACUCAGUGGAAUAGUCUGCACCAAAACCCUUUGCUGUGCGACAGUUGGGAGAGCAUGGGGUCAUCCUUGUGAAAUGUGUCCUGCUCAGCCGCAUCCUUGCCGUCGAGGUUUCAUUCCAAAUAUUCGAACAGGAGCCUGUCAAGAUGUGGAUGAAUGCCAAGCCAUCCCUGGGAUCUGUCAAGGAGGAAAUUGCAUUAACACUGUUGGAUCUUUUGAGUGCAAAUGCCCAGCUGGACACAAGUUUAAUGAAGUGACACAAAAAUGCGAAGGUAAGAAUUAUGUGGAUGAAUGCCAAGCCAUCCCUGGGAUCUGUCAAGGAGGAAAUUGCAUUAACACUGUUGGAUCUUUUGAGUGCAAAUGCCCAGCUGGACACAAGUUUAAUGAAGUGACACAAAAAUGCGAAGAUAUUGAUGAAUGCAGCACCAUUCCUGGAAUCUGUGAUGGAGGAGAAUGUUCAAACACAGUUAGCAGUUACUUUUGCAAAUGUCCUCCAGGAUUUUAUACAGCCCCUGAUGGCUUAAGGUGUAUAGAUGUACGUCCUGGAUACUGCUUCUCUUCUCUGACAAAUGGUCGCUGCGGCAAUCAGCUUCCACAGGCGUUAACUAAAAUGCAGUGUUGCUGUGACAGCGGACGAUGCUGGUCUCCGGGAGCAACCAGUGCCCCUGAAAUGUGUCCAAUCCGAUCUACAGAGGAGUUUCGCAAGUUAUGCACAGUAACUGGACUUGUGCCUAGGAGACCUGACCUUCCUCCCUCCCAUCCUGAUGGUACCAUUCCUAUUAUAAUCCCUCCUGGUCCUGUUCCUCCUGCUGUUUAUCCUCCUGUCCUCCCUGGUGUACUACAGCCUAUGUUACCACGCCCAGACAUUGCUUUUCCCUCCCGGGCUCCGCCUCCACAUGUGAUCUUGCCAGUUAAUUUCACUGACUACUGCCAGCUAUACCGACAUCUCUGCCUUAACGGGCGUUGCAUUCCGACUCCUGGGAGCUACCGCUGUGAAUGCAAUAAGGGAUUCCAACUAGAUGUUAGAGGCGAAUGCAUUGAUGUUGAUGAAUGUGAGAAGAAUCCUUGUAUUAGUGGAGACUGUGUAAAUACCCAAGGAUCGUAUAUAUGCCAGUGUCGUGCUGGAUAUCAGAGUACACCAACUAGGACAGAGUGCCGAGAUAUUGAUGAAUGUGUACAGAACGGUCGGAUCUGUAAUAAUGGACGGUGCAUAAACACAGAUGGCAGCUUUCACUGUGUUUGUAAUGCUGGCUUUCAAGUGGCAGCUGAUGGGAAAAACUGUGAAGAUAUGGAUGAAUGUAGCAUAAGGAACAUGUGCCUUAAUGGAAUGUGUAUCAAUGAGGAUGGCAGCUUUAAAUGCAUUUGUAAACCUGGUUUCCAGUUAGCAUCUGAUGGACGUUAUUGCAGAGACAUUGAUGAGUGCGAGACACCUGGAAUAUGCAUGAACGGGCGCUGUGUGAACACUGAUGGGUCUUUCAGAUGUGAAUGCUUCCCUGGACUUGCAGUGGGACUAGAUGGACGUGUGUGUGUUGAUACACAUAUGCGAAGCACAUGCUAUGGUGAAUACAAGAGAGGCCAAUGUGUAAGAGCACUGACCGGUGCUGUUACUAAAUCGGAAUGCUGUUGUGCCAGCACUGACUAUGCCUUUGGAGAACCCUGCCAGCCUUGUCCUGCCCAAAAUUCAGCUGAAUACCAGGCUUUGUGCAGCAGUGGACCAGGCCUGACUGCAACAGGAGCUGAUAUUAAUGAAUGUUUGGAUCUUGCACUCUGCCCCAAUGGAGAAUGUGAGAAUCUGCACGGAACAUACAAAUGCAGAUGUAAUUUUGGAUAUGAAGUGGAUUCAAGUGGAAAAAAUUGCCUGGACACUGAUGAAUGUGCAUCGAACCUACUGCUUUGUGACAAUGGGCAAUGCAGAAAUACCCCUGGAAGUUUCACCUGCACCUGUCCCAAAGGAUUUAUAUACAAGCCUGAUCAAAAAACAUGUGAAGAUAUUGAUGAAUGCGAGUCUAACCCAUGUGUUAAUGGAGUAUGCAAAAAUACACUUAGCUCUUUUGCUUGUGAAUGUUCCCCUGAAAGUACUUUGGAUACAACAAGAACCAUCUGCAUAGAAACUGUUAAAGGCACCUGCUGGCAGAGUAUAGUGGAUGGGAGAUGUGAAAUAAAUAUCAAUGGAGCAACUCUCAAAUCCCAGUGCUGUUCCUCACUGGGUGCUGCUUGGGGUAGCCCAUGUACACCCUGUGAACGAGACCCAAUCUGCCCAAAAGGACAUUCAAGAAUAAGGGGAACAUUGUGUGAAGACGUCAAUGAAUGUGAGGUGUUUCCUGGAGUAUGUACCAAUGGGCAGUGUGUCAAUACCUUGGGAUCCUUUGUUUGUCAGUGCCCCUACGGAAUGACUUUAGAUGCUUCUGGACGGAUGUGUCAUGACAUUCGUUUGGAGAGCUGCUACCUAAAGCAUGAAGAUGAACAAUGUACAUUGCAAGUACCAGGCCGGCACCGAAUGGAUGCUUGCUGCUGUUCUGUGGGUGCAGCAUGGGGCUCUGAAUGUGAGGAAUGCCCCUUAAAGGGAACACCUGAAUAUUCUGCUCUUUGUCCAAGAGGACCUGGGUUUUCUACUAGAGUAGAAAUAAAUGGAAAGCCAUUCUCCAAAGAUAUCAAUGAGUGUAAAAUGAUCCCCAGUCUUUGCACCCAUGGAAAAUGCAGAAACACUAUUGGCAGCUUUAAGUGUAAAUGUGACAGCGGGUUUGCACUUGACUCUGAAGAAAGGAACUGUACAGAUAUUGAUGAGUGCCGCAUAUCUCCUGAUCUCUGUGGCCAGGGGAACUGUGUCAAUACUCCUGGGGAUUUUGAAUGUGAAUGUUUUGAAGGAUAUGAAAGUGGAUUCAUGAUGAUGAAAAACUGCAUGGACAUUGAUGAGUGUCAGCGGAAUCCUCUUUUAUGCCGUGGUGGAAUUUGCAUAAACACAGAAGGAAGCUUUCGCUGUGACUGUCCUCCAGGACAUCAAAUGGCUCCAAAUAUUUCAGCGUGUGUAGACAUUAAUGAAUGUGAUUUAAGUACCAACCUGUGCAGAAAUGGACAUUGCGUCAACCUUAUUGGGAAGUAUCAGUGUGCCUGCAACCCUGGAUAUCAGUCUACACCUGACAAAUUAUAUUGUGUUGAUAUUGAUGAAUGCAGCAUAAUGAACGGUGGUUGUGAGAGUUUCUGUACGAACUCAGAGGGCAGCUAUGAUUGUAGCUGUAAACAAGGCUUUGCACUAAUGCCAGACCACAGGACUUGCACUGACAUUGAUGAGUGUGAAGACAAUCCUAACAUUUGCGAUGGAGGCCAGUGUACAAACAUACCAGGAGAAUACAGGUGUCUUUGUUAUGAUGGAUUCAUGGCAUCUGAAGAUAUGAAGACGUGUGUCGAUGUUAAUGAGUGUGGUCUGUAUCCAGACAUCUGUCUGAGUGGAACCUGUGAGAAUACAAAGGGCUCGUUUAUCUGUCAUUGUGAUAUGGGAUAUUCAGGCAAAAAAGGAACAACUGGGUGCACAGAUAUCAACGAGUGUGAAAUUGGAGCUCAUAAUUGUGACAGACAUGCCAUAUGCACAAACACAGCAGGAAGUUUCAAAUGCAGUUGCAGCUUAGGUUGGAUUGGAAAUGGUGUCAAGUGCACAGAUUUGGAUGAAUGCUCCAAUGGAACACACAACUGCAGCCCACAUGCUGAUUGCAAGAACACCAUGGGCUCUUACCGUUGCCUUUGUAAAGAAGGUUACACAGGAGAUGGCUUCACUUGUACAGAUCUUGAUGAAUGCUCAGAAAACCUGAACCUCUGUGAAAAUGGGCAGUGCCUCAAUGUCCCUGGAGGAUAUCGCUGUGAAUGCGAUAUGGGAUUUUUGCCAAGUCCAGAUAGGAAAGCAUGUGAAGAUAUUGAUGAGUGUACCCUUUCUAAGAUCUGCGUCUAUGGAACUUGUCAUAACCUACCUGGUCUAUUCCGAUGUGAGUGUGAGACGGGUUAUGAAUUAGACAGAAGCGGUGGUAACUGCACAGAUGUUAAUGAAUGUGCAGACCCCACAACCUGUAUCAGUGGCACAUGUGUCAAUACCCCAGGCAGUUACACCUGUGAGUGUCCCCCUGAUUUUGAGCUGAAUCCGACCCGUGUUGGCUGUGUUGAUACCCGUUCUGGCAACUGCUACUUGGAAGUUAAAACACGAGGAGAUAAUGGAGGUACCUUCUGCAGCAAUGAGAUUGGGGUUGGUGUUUCCAAAGCAUCCUGCUGCUGUUCCCUGGGAAAAGCUUGGGGAAUUCCCUGUGAACAUUGCCCGGCUGUGAACUCAACUGAGUAUAAGGUUCUGUGCCCUGGAGGGGAAGGAUUCCGACCAAACCCGAUUACAGUUAUAUUGGAAGAUAUUGAUGAGUGUCAAGAACUACCUGGACUUUGCCAAGGAGGAAAAUGUAUCAAUACAUUUGGAAGUUUCCAAUGUCAGUGUCCAUCUGGAUACUAUUUAAAUGAAGACACUAGAGUAUGUGACGAUGUAAAUGAAUGUGAAACACCUGGAAUUUGUGGUCCUGGCACUUGUUAUAACACUGUUGGAAACUACACCUGUAUCUGUCCUCCUGACUACAUGCAAGUCAAUGGUGGCAACAACUGUAUGGAUAUGAGAAGGAGUCUCUGCUACAGAAAUUAUUAUGCAGACAAUCAAACCUGUGAUGGAGAGCUUCUCUUUAACAUGACCAAGAAAAUGUGCUGCUGUUCCUACAACAUUGGGAGAGCAUGGAAUAAGCCUUGUGAGCAGUGUCCUAUUCCUAGUACAGAUGAAUUUUCAACACUGUGUGGAAGUCAAAGGCCUGGUUUCUUCAUUGACAUUUAUACAGGGUUACCAGUUGAUAUUGACGAAUGCCGAGAGAUCCCUGGAGUCUGUGACAAUGGAAUCUGCAUAAAUAUGGUUGGCAGCUUCAGAUGCGAGUGUCCUGUGGGAUUCUUCUACAAUGAUAAGUUACUGAUCUGUGAAGAUAUUGAUGAAUGCCAAAAUGGGCCAGUAUGUCAACGAAACGCAGAAUGUGUCAACACAGCUGGGAGCUAUCGCUGUGACUGUAAACCUGGCUACAGGUUCACCUCAACAGGCCGUUGCACAGGUCAGUAUUCCCCAGCUUACUUAUACAAUGACAUUGAUGAAUGUGUAGAAGAGCCAGAAAUUUGCGCUUUGGGCACAUGUAGCAAUACUCCAGGCAGUUUCAAAUGCCUGUGCCCUGAAGGAUUUGUAUUGUCUUCCACAGGAAGAAGAUGCCAAGAUCUGAGAGUCAGUUACUGCUUUACCAAAUUUGAAGAUGGAAAGUGUUCUGUUCCAAAAUUGAAAAACCAUUCCAAGCAGGAAUGUUGUUGUGCCUUGAAAGGACAAGGCUGGGGCGACCCAUGUGAACUCUGUCCAGAGGAAGCAGAUGACGCGUUUCGACAGAUAUGUCCGUUUGGAAUAGGUAUUCUUAUUGGACCGGGUGACGCGCGCCUUGAUGUGGAUGAGUGUCUUGAUCCAGAUAACUGUAAAUUUGGGAGGUGCAUCAACACAGAUGGUUCCUUUCGCUGUGAAUGUCCGUAUGGUUAUAUCCUUCAUGGAGCUGAAUGUAUAGACACUGAUGAAUGUGCUGUUGGAAAUCCGUGUGGAAAUGGAACUUGUAGGAAUGUCAUAGGAGGGUUUGAAUGUACCUGUGAGGAAGGAUUUGAGCCAGGACCAAUGAUGACAUGUGAAGAUAUGAAUGAGUGUGCUCAAAAUCCUCUACUCUGUGCAUUCCGUUGUGUGAACACUUAUGGAUCAUAUGAAUGCAAGUGUCCAGCUGGCUAUGUUCUUAGAGAAGACAGGAGAAUGUGCAGAGAUCAGAAUGAGUGUGAAGAAGGAAUUCAUGACUGUGCUGAAAAACUGAUGGAAUGCAAAAAUCUGAUUGGCACUUACAUGUGCAUAUGUGGACCAGGAUUUCAGCGCAGGCCAGAUGGUGAAGGAUGCAUAGAUGAGAAUGAAUGUCAAACCAAACCUGGGAUCUGUGAGAAUGGUCGCUGUAUAAACACAAAAGGAAGUUACAGAUGUGAAUGCAAUGAAGGAUUUACUGCCAGUGACACCCAGAAUGAAUGCUUGGACAACAGAGAGGGCUACUGCUUCAUUGAAGUGUUACAAAGUAUGUGUCAAAUUGGAUCAAGCAACAGGAACUCUGUCACCAAGUCUGAAUGCUGCUGUGAUGGUGGGCGAGGAUGGGGGCCAAACUGCGAGAUCUGCCCUUUCCCAGGGACUGUGGCCUUUAAAAAGCUUUGCCCUCACGGCCGAGGAUAUAUGUCCAAUGGAGCAGAUAUUGAUGAGUGCAAGGUUAUUCAUGACGUUUGCCGUAAUGGAGAAUGCGUCAAUGAGAGAGGAUCAUAUCACUGCCUUUGCAAUACAGGCUAUACACCAGAUAUAACUGGCACUCUCUGUGUAGACCUGAAUGAAUGCAGCCUGUCCCCCAAGCCUUGUAAUUUCAUCUGUAAAAACACCGAGGGGAGUUACCAGUGUUCAUGUCCGAAGGGGUACAUCUUACAGGAGGAUGGGAGAAGUUGCAAAGAUCUCGAUGAAUGUGCAACAAAACAGCACAACUGCCAGUUCCUUUGUGUCAACACCAUUGGGGGCUUCACUUGCAAAUGUCCUCCUGGCUUCACUCAGCAUCAUACAGCAUGUAUUGACAAUAAUGAAUGUGCCACUGAAGUCAAUCUGUGUGGGACUAAAGGCAUUUGCCAGAACACACCUGGGAGCUUUGUCUGUGAAUGUCAGCGGGGCUUCUCACUUGAUCAAACUGGACUCAGCUGUGAAGAUAUUGAUGAAUGUGAUGGAAACCAUCGGUGUCAACAUGGUUGCCAAAAUAUAAUCGGAGGAUACAGGUGCAGCUGUCCACAAGGAUAUCUCCAGCAUUACCAGUGGAACCAAUGCGUUGAUGAAAAUGAAUGCCUCUCUGCACACAUCUGUGGAGGAGCAUCUUGUCACAAUACUUUGGGAAGCUAUAAAUGUAUGUGUCCUGCCGGAUUUCACUAUGAACAAUUUAGUGGAGGUUGCCAAGAUAUCAAUGAAUGCGGUUCUGCACAAGCCCCAUGCAGUUAUGGGUGUUCAAAUACUGAAGGUGGCUAUGUCUGUGGAUGUCCACCUGGUUACUUCAGAAUAGGACAAGGACACUGUGUUUCUGGGAUGGGACUUGGUAAAGGUCAGGCUCAGGAAUUGCCAGUCAGUGGUGAAGUAGAUGACAACUCUUUGUCUCCAGAAGCUUGCUAUGAAUGUAAAAUCAAUGGCUACCACAAGAGAGGGAGGAAGCGCAGAAGCACUAAUGAAAGCAUUGCAGAUGAAGCAGAGGAGCAACAGGAGAGAGAACCAGUAAUCAGCCUUGCCAGCUGGGAUAUUGAAAAAACAGCCAUCUUUUCCUUCAACAUCUCCAAGCUUAAUAACAAAGAUCGAAUCCUGGAACUGCUUCCUGCUCUUACAACACUGACAAAUCAUAACCGAUAUUUAAUUGACUCUGGAAAUGAAGAUGGGUUCUUUAAAAUCAAUAAAAAGGAAGGGAUAAGCUAUCUUCACUUUACAAAGAAGAAGCCAGUGCCUGGAACCUAUUCAUUACAAAUCAGUAGUAUUCCACUCUAUAAAAAGAAGGAACUUAAUCAGCUUGAAGACAAACAUGACAAAGACUACCUCAGUGGUGAGCUGGGAGAUAACCUAAAAAUGAAAAUUCAGAUAUUGCUUCAUUAAUUCAUCAACCAAAGACCAAAUAAUUAAACCAAAGAUAGAUAGGUAGAACCGAUGUUCCUCCCGAUCAGAUUCUCCAUAUCAUAGGUACAGUCUUUCAUGAGUACAUUUGUAUGAAUGAGCACUAUUAUAUUAUAACAAAAGCAAGGUACAGGAUGAAUACCCUAGAACAGAACAACCACUUUCUCAGGCUUCUUAUAAGUGUAGCUGAGCUACCUUGAUAUGUUGAAUCUUGAAAACUGGGACUUUGAUCAUUGGAAGUUGGCCACUGAUGCUGAGAUACAUCAUCAUUUCAGCAGGGGUACAAGAAUGUGCUUUCAACCGAUGGACUGCUCUAUUUUUGUAAUUCUUAAACUUUUGCUUCUCCAACUACAACUUACUAGGUCAGCCAUUUAUGAUAUCCAUUUGGUGCUAGUAAUUUUUCAAUCUAGUUUUAUAAAUGCACUGUAAUAUUUACACAACUUAGAAGCCAAAAUUGCCAUUAUUCAGUCUAAAUACUUCAAUCAACCAAAGUUAGCUCAGUAGUUUAUCUCAGUUAUGCCUAUAAUACAAUACAUGUAAAUUAAGUGUGUGUAUACUGUAAUCAUGCUAUUUUUAUCAAUGAAGCAUUUGUAAACUAGAUUAAUAAUACCCUUAAUGUGAGGGUUUGUAAUGGUGCUUAUAAAGACCAACUACUUGUUAACUGUAUACACAAACCUGAUGAUAAAAUUUCUGUGACUUAACAAAAUGCACUGAGGUCAGUAGGGACCAUUAAACAUUCUCAAAAGUCAGAUGACAAUCAGUGCCCUCCUACACCAUGACAUUAUGUAACACAUGUCAAGAGUACCCAUAAUCAUUCAUAUCAAGGGUUCAAUGUCAUAAAUGUCACAAUAAAGCCGUUUUUUUUUUAGUUUA